CGUAAAAAGAAAAGAAAAGAAGUAAUGGAAAUACCAAGUACAAACCCAAAUCCAAACAGAUAUGGAAACGAAUUCAAGCUAGGUCCCUACCAUUCAAUAAAGAUGUUAUUAAUGGGUUUUGCCUUUUGAACCAACGGAAUCCACAACUUCUAGAGAGAGAGAAGGAAUCAACAGGACGUCGCACACCAUGGAAGAAUCAGGUGGAGCACAAUCUGAAGAGAACAAAGUUUCUUUGGAGAAGGAUAAGAAAAGAAGGCUCAAGACACCUGCCCAGGUUAUGGCUUUGGAGAAGUUUUACAAUGAGUAUAAAUACCCUACUGAAGAAAUGAAGUGCCAACUUGCUGAGCGGAUAGAGUUGUCAGAAAAGCAAAUAUCUGGAUGGUUUUGCCACAGAAGAUUAAAAGACAAAAGAUUGUUGAGAGAUGAAGCUUGUGCUAGUGGACGGCAAGAUCAUUCAAGUGGUGUUAUUCAGGAUCGUGGCAGUGGACUUGGACAGGAUUCAUGUGGCAGCACGAAACAUGGGGAUUAUAAGAAUGUUGAUCCAAGGGAAGUUGAAAGUCGAAGGCUCUAUCGCAAUGAUGUUCAGGCCGCAGGCCUCACCUAUGAGCAUAGGACUCACUAUACAGAAGCUGUUAAUGACACUGAUAAAACAUCUUCAGAAAGUAGCUCGUCUUCACAAGACAGGUUGUUUUCCCAAACUGAGGAUCCAUAUGAUAUGGAAAAUUCUAGAUACAUGACACCUAAUGGAGUUAUUAUGCCGAUAAAUGCUAACAAUGCAAAAUUCAUGGGAUAUAAGCCAUCAGGAUACUUGAAAGUGAAGGGUGAAAUUGAAAAUGCUGCUAUUACUGCUGUUAAGAGGCAAUUAGGGAAGCAUUAUCGAGAGGAUGGUCCACCACUAGGUGUGGAAUUUCAGCCACUUCCUCCUGGUGCAUUUGAGUCCCCAACUAGGAAUCCAGUCCAGGAACCAUACUAUGAUGGGAAUUCUUCUCCUCCCCAUUCUCCAGACAUCUCUGGAGUGGAAAGGCAACCCAGUCUCAGCAAGAGAUAUGAGGUACGCAAUUCCAAGUUGAGUUCACAAGAUUUAUAUACGGAAGGGGCAAUCUGUAGCAGUAUGCAUGGGUCUGAUUAUCAGGAUAAGUUGCCUCAUUACCAAUUAGAACAGAAGUCAGCUGUUCUGAACCAUAUCAAACCUUUUGGUAAGAGGCACUCUUCUUCCGAUCUGUAUGAGGAUUCUGCUGGAGAAACCUCUGUUUACAGUAGCAAGAAGAAUCAAAGGAUGGGAUCUAAGCAUGGUGUUCAAGGGAUGAGGAUUGAUUCUGUAACUAGCCAUCAUGGUCGCUGCGAUGGGAAAAUUGAAAGCAAGUUGCAUGAGUAUGAUAAUGUCAGUCCCAACAUAGUCCAAAGGAGUGAAUACUUUAAAUCUAAGCCCUCAAAUUUGAUAUGUAAUCUCUACGAGUCAAUCGAUACAGAAGAGAGAGGGCUAUCUACAAGGAAGAAAAAGGAGGGGAAAGUUAAUGGAAAAUGUAAGGGUAUAAAAGAAUAUGGCAACCAAGCAAAAUUAAAGAUGCAUCCCGUAAAUGAAAUGACAGUUGCAAAACAUGGAAGACCUAAUCUUCCUCAGCAAGACUAUGUGACAAAACCAAUAUUCACCGAAAUGCCGACAUGGAAAUAUCAGAGCAAAAGAUCUGUCAUGGAAAUGCCAUCUAGCUUCAGUGAGGAUGAAACUGCAGAAACCAGCACCUCGCUGGAAUUAGGAGCCAGUAGUUGAUGGAUGGCAGAAAGCUUUAGGGUCCUCAAAGCUAAGGGCAUGUACAGAUCAAUGGAGAAUCACUUUUCCUUAGUUCCAAGGGAAGCAACAUGUAAAAUUAUUGUCAUCAGCAGCUAAAAAAUUCCAGUCAAUUCUGGCUACCAAUUUCUUAUACACUUGCUGUGCUCACCUGUUUAUAUAUGUAGAAAGAAUUGCCUUUUUAUUUUCUUUUAAUUUUUACUGCUUUACAGAAGAAAAUGUUGAUGAAAGCUUGACUUUAAGAUUCAUCUGCUUCGAUCCGCUAACGAUCAAGGUAUAUUUAUCCCUGUUUUUUUUGUUAUUAAAAUGAGGCAGUGUUUUCUGCCCCUGGAUUUGGCUUCCUCUGAUUUAUUAAUUUGAAGAUUCAGCCUUCCUAAUUCUGCUC